AAACAGCAGCAGCACAGCCAUGACUGGCUCCUCUCCCGGUUGUGGGAGUCUCAUUGAAGGAUCGUUUCCACCUGGACGUGUGAGGCCGUGUCGAUGUGGCCAGCACUCCUGAGAGCGGAGCAGACCCAGCACUGAGAGGAGGGAGACUUGGACAGGCCUGGGCCAGUUUCCUGGGUACCGGGAAAGGUUUGCACCCCCAGCAGGAAAAUGAGUGAAGAGACUGCCCCUGAGGCUGCCUCCCCGCCGCCCCCGCAGGGGCAGCACUACUUUGACCGCUUCUCUGAGGAUGACCCCGAGUACCUGCGCCUUCGCAACCGUGCAGCAGACCUGCGGCAGGACUUCAACCUGAUGGAGCAGAAGAAGCGCGUCACCAUGAUCCUGCAGAGUCCUUCUUUCAGGGAGGAGCUGGAAGGCCUCAUCCAGGAGCAGAUGAAGAAAGGCAACAACUCCUCCAACAUCUGGGCCCUGCGGCAGAUCGCGGACUUUAUGGCCAGUACCUCCCAUGCAGUCUUCCCAACAUCUUCCAUGAACUUCUCCAUGAUGACACCGAUCAAUGACCUCCACACUGCUGACUCCUUGAACUUGGCCAAGGGGGAGCGACUCAUGCGGUGCAAGAUCAGCAGUGUCUACCGACUCCUGGACCUCUACGGCUGGGCCCAGCUGAGUGACACCUACGUCACGUUAAGAGUCAGCAAGGAGCAGGACCACUUUCUGAUCAGCCCUAAGGGGGUCUCCUGCAGUGAAGUCACUGCAUCCAGCCUGAUCAAGGUGAACAUCCUGGGAGAGGUGGUAGAGAAGGGCAGCAGCUGCUUCCCAGUGGAUACCACGGGCUUCUGUCUACACUCAGCCAUCUAUGCAGCCAGACCUGAUGUGCGGUGUGUCAUCCAUCUGCACACACCAGCCACGGCAGCGGUGUCAGCCAUGAAGUGCGGCCUCCUUCCUGUCUCCCACAAUGCACUGCUGGUGGGGGACAUGGCCUAUUAUGACUUCAAUGGAGAAAUGGAGCAGGAAGCUGAUCGAAUCAACUUGCAGAAGUGCCUUGGACCCACCUGCAAGAUAUUGGUGCUAAGAAACCACGGUGUGGUUGCUUUAGGUGACACCGUAGAGGAGGCGUUUUAUAAGGUCUUCCACCUGCAGGCUGCAUGUGAAAUACAGGUGUCAGCCCUGUCCAGUGCCGGAGGAGUGGAGAACCUCAUCCUCCUGGAGCAGGAGAAGCACCGGCCCCACGAGGUGGGUUCUGUGCAGUGGGCUGGGAGCACCUUCGGGCCCAUGCAGAAGAGCCGACUAGGGGAGCAUGAGUUUGAGGCCCUCAUGAGGAUGCUGGACAAUUUGGGCUAUAGAACAGGCUACACAUACCGCCACCCCUUUGUCCAAGAGAAAACCAAACACAAAAGUGAAGUGGAAAUCCCAGCCACGGUCACAGCCUUCGUGUUUGAAGAGGAUGGUGGCCCUGUCCCCACCCUCCGACAGCAUGCCCAGAAGCAGCAGAAGGAGAAGACCCGCUGGCUUAACACACCCAACACCUACCUGCGGGUCAAUGUGGCCGAUGAGGUCCAGAGAAGCAUGGGCAGCUCCCGACCCAAGACCACAUGGAUGAAGGCUGAUGAGGUAGAGAAAUCCAGCAGUGGCAUGCCAAUACGGAUCGAAAACCCAAACCAAUUUGUGCCUCUCUACACUGACCCCCAAGAAGUGCUGGACAUGAGGAACAAGAUUCGAGAACAAAACCGACAAGAUGUGAAGUCUGCAGGUCCUCAAUCCCAGCUCCUGGCGAGCGUCAUUGCUGAGAAGAGCCGAAGCCCGUCUACAGAGAGCCAGCUGAUGUCCAAGGGUGAUGCAGAUACCAAAGAUGAUUCAGAAGAGACGGUGCCAAACCCCUUCAGCCAACUCACCGACUGGGAACUUGAGGAGUACAAGAAAGAGGUGGAGAGGAAGAAACUAGAAUUGGACGGAGAGAAGGAUGCUGCCACAGAAGAACCUGGCUCACCUGUAAAGUCUGCACCUGCUUCGCCACCACAAAGCCCAGCAGAGACAGAGACAAAGAGCCCUGCAGUCUCUCCUUCCAAGUCUGCAGAGGAAGGUACUAAGAAGACAGAAACAAGCAAAGCCACCACAGAACCUGAAACAACCCAACAAGAAGGGGUGGUGAUCAAUGGGAGGGAGGAAGAGCAGACCGCAGAGGAAAUCCUCAGCAGAGGUUUGAGCCAGAUGACCACCAACGCUGACACGGAUGUUGAUACCUCUAAGGACAAAACCGAGUCUGUCACCAGCGGCCCCAUGUCUCCAGAGGGCUCACCUUCCAAGUCUCCCUCAAAGAAGAAAAAGAAAUUCCGAACCCCCUCUUUCUUGAAAAAGAGCAAAAAGAAGGAGAAAGUGGAGUCCUGAUUUGUGGCACCAGGGACUCCCAUGUGCACCCUCCCCAUCUUCCCUUCCCUACUCCCAGCUCUGUCCCUGGAAGGGACCCGGGAUUAUAUUCGGAGAGGGGGCUUAGAGAUCUCAUUUUACAGUUACUCCAGAGAAAUCAGGUGACUUGCCAAAGGUCACACAGCUCGUUCCUGGCAAGUCUGCCCUAAAGUUCUGGCCUCCUGCCCCCAGUCCAGUUCUCUCUACUUAACUACACUGCCUAGUCAUGGGCCACCUUUGUUAGGGUGCUGCCCUCCAAUCUGAGCCCAGGGAAGGAAGGCCAGAAAUAGGCUCAGAAAAAUCAGACAGGUGGAGGCUUCCCCAGAAUAAGGCCUGUUUCUUCCCAGGAAUCCCAUCUUGUGCUGAUGGAGCUGUCUCCACACUAAGAAACAAGCUUCUCUUUUCCACCUUGGUCCCUGCCCAGCUGCUCAAAGUAACCAGACAAAUUGACCUGUCCCCACAAUAGAAGAAGUUAACCUGUGUCCCCAAGGCUGAUGGCUUAGCUUGUACUUCCCCAAACACUAACCCUGAGCUUUCUUCAUGGAACCUCUUGACUAAUGGAUGGGAGUGUCGUAAGAGUUGACAGACAAGGGAACGCCACGUAAGCCUGAUGAUUGGAGACAUUUAGUCAAUAUGAGGCCAGCAACUUGACCUGUUUGUAUUGUACACCUCAAACUGCUUCAAAACUAAAACCAAAUUUAGCAUAAGAAGAAGUUGUCUCAUGCUUAGGGCUGAAAUUUUGGGAUAUUUAAAUCUUCUGUGGGCUUUGAGGGGUACAAGGAGGAUCAAAGUAGCAUGGUAGAUGCUGUCUCGAUGUGGCUAUACCAGCCACACUCCUGUCCAGCGGUCAGGGGUCCCACGAUCUUCUCUCAAACCCAAGAGCACUUGCUCACAGAGUAGAACUAUCAUCUUACUCUUGGCACCUUUAUCCUUUGAGGCUCCAACUCUGAGUUACUCUGGUUCUAACAGAGGAGAAUCAGGCAUGAGUUUUUCACAGUUCUCAGAGAAAUGUUUGGGUGUUCCCAACCCUGUCACUCUCUGUCCAUCUGGGUCCUGGUAAUAGCCACAGGUAUCAUUUAAAUGCCAACACUAUUUUCCUAUAUUCUUCCAUGGGGCAUUGGUUAAUAAGCAUUGUUGACUCCUAGACAAUCCAUCCUCUUUAAAGCACAGCA